CCAACAAAAGAUGUUUUAGCUCUGAAAUAAUCUUCCACACCAACAAAAACACGAACCCCCCCCCAUAAAUCUGAAUUUAUGGGAAGAGUGUCACUCCUGGAUCCUGAUGUGAAUCAUCUGAACUGUAGCAUCAGAAUCAGUGAUCUGAGAGAGUCUGAUUCUGGAUUCUAUCAGAUCAGAGUGAAUGGAUAUAGCACUGCAGAGACGUUUGGAGUAACAUUUAAUAAGAGAACGUCUGUCAAUGUUGGAGGUUUCAGGCAGAAACCUACAAUGACUCUUCCUGAUUUGACAGAGGGACAUCAGACCACCCUGACCUGCUCUGCUCCUGCACUCUGCUCUACGUCUCCUCCUGGAAUCAGCUGGAUGUGGAGCGGAGCAGCAGAAAAAGACCCUCUCAUCAACAGAAGCAUCACUGCCUUCAAGAAUGAGACUUUGACUGCUGUCACACAGAGACACAACUCAACUCUGACCUUCAUUCCCACAGCUGAACUCCACAACUCCAACAUCACCUGCAGGAUCCGCUUUAGUGAUAACACCACCACCGAGGAGACAGUCAAUCUGCACGUCAACUAUGUUAAAAUCACAGGAAAUGCAGAUUUGAACGAGAACAUGACUCUAAACCUCACCUGCAUGACAAGUUUGUCUCCUGCAGAAAUCCAGUGGAUGAAAUUUGGAUCCAAAACAAAUCAGCUGAUCAGAACAUCAGUUGCUCUGCACAACAACACUGCCAUCUACCUGCAGGAGGACAGAAGCACUUUGCUCAUCUUUAAUGUGACUGCAGAGGAUGCUGGACUGUACAUCUGCACAUCAAAGCAUCUGAACAACACAAUCAAGGAUGAAGUCAACGUGACAGUGAUGU